GUGGAGGCGACAGGUCUCGUGCCCUCAGGCGGAGCGGCGGGCGCCGGACCCCCAGGCGGGAGCGACAGUCUCGGGCCCUCAGGCGGAGCGGCGGGCGCCGGACCCCCAGGUGGAGCGACAGGUCUCGGGCCCUCGGGCGGAGCGACAGGUCUCGGGCCCCCAGGCGGGGGUGGGCGGGCGCUGGACCCCCAGGCGGAGCGACAGGUCUCGGGCCCCCAGGCGGAGCAGCGGGCACCGAGUCACACCAGGCACGACAGUGGCACCGAGUCCGAGUCAACUGGCAUGACCGCUGGCACAGGUCAGACAUGGACCGUCUGGCUGGACAGCGGGCAUCGGGUCGCCCAG